AUGUCUUUCGCUGCGCGAAACGCCCUGCGGCUCUCCCGAGCUGCCUCUCCUCGCAUUGCCGUCCCUCGACCUACUGCCCGCCUUUUCUCUGCAUCCCGCAUCAACGCCGUAUCCGACACACCUCAGAAGAAGAGCGUUGUCCGCGAGAAGGAAGUACCAGUUACUGUCUACGGUGCUGGUCAGGGACAAGGGGAUAAACACACUGUUCACGUUCCUGAGGACGCUGCUCAAGUCCCCUACGACAGCCCUGUUCCUCCUGUCGAGUAUGAUCUCGUUCAGCCCCUGGGUAAGAAAGUCUACGAGGCCAUGCCUCACACCAUGCGCAACAUGAGUGUCUACGGCAAGGUCAUCAUCAUUACUGGUGGUGCUCGUGGGCUGGGCAACCACAUGGCCCGCGCCUGUGCUGAAGCUGGUGCUAAAGCCAUUGUCAUUUUCGAUGCCAACCAGGAUCUCGGUGACGAAGCUGCUGCCGAGCUUCAUGACAAGUCGGGUCUUCCCGUCUCCUUUUUCAAAGUGGAUGUCCGCGAUGGGGCCGCCAUCAACGCUGCGGUCGAGUCUGUUGUUGAGCUCUAUGGUGCUCCCGAUGUCCUUGUCAACUCUGCCGGUAUCGCCGAUUCCAAUAUCAAGGCCGAGACUUACGACCCUGCCAUGUUCCGCCGCCUCAUUGAUAUCAACCUUACUGGCUCCUUCCUCAUGUCCCAGGCUGUUGGUCGCGCCAUGAUGGCCGCUGGUAAGCCUGGUAGCAUCGUUCUUGUUGCCUCUAUGUCCGGUUCCAUUGUCAACUACCCACAAGAGCAGAGCUGCUACAAUGCCUCAAAAGCCGGCGUGAUCCAGUUCGCCAAGUCGAUUGCUGCUGAGUGGGCCAAGUACAAGAUUCGUGUCAACUGCAUCUCCCCUGGUUACAUGGACACUGCCCUGAACCGUGUUCCCGCCCUUGAGGCCCAGAAGAAGAUAUGGAAGUCCCUGACUCCCCAGGACCGUCUUGGUGGCGUUGACGAGCUCAACGGUCUCUGCGUCUUCCUCGCAUCCGACGCUUCUAGCUUCAUGACUGGCUCCAACGUUAUUAUUGAUGGUGGCUAUUCCUGCUACUAA